GGUGUUUAAUAAUGAUUCAAUCAAACCUCUUCGCUGAUUUGCCGAAAAGGCGUAUACAAGGGUCUGGACCCUCUUUCUCUACACCAAGAUGCUGGGAAACUCCCCCGAAUGGGUUGGUCGGAUUUCCUUGUUUGAAUCCAGGUCGAAAAAUCUCCUAAUACACCAUUCCUGCGGAUCGCCCAUCUAUAAACAUCUGCGAGAGCCCUGGUUACUUGCUCUUCGCGUUCUCGGCGUCUCUUAUUCCUUGUCCAUCUUCUCAACUUCGCCAACCUACGCGUAGGUACAGUUAAUCAUCAUGGCACCGAUACGAACCAUAGACGAGAAAAGCGAUGGAGAGCAGCCCGACGCGGUUGUGGUUGAGACCAAGAGCGAUCGCUCCUCUGACGCACCCAGCUGGACUGUGGAAGAGGAAACCAUCGUCCGCAGGAAACUGGAUUGGCAAAUAGUCCCUACCGUUACUCUUCUGUAUCUGUUGUGCUUUUUGGACCGAAUAAACAUUGGGAAUGCGCGUAUCCAGGGAAUGCAAGAGGAAUUAAACCUCGUCGGAUAUCGAUUUAACAUCGCGACUAGCAUUUUCUAUAUCGUCUACUUGACGAUCGAGGUUCCAUCCAACAUCUUACUUAAGCGUAUCGGCCCCCGAUUUUAUCUCCCGGGUCUGGUUGUUGGAUUUGGAGCUGUAUCUGUAGGUACGGCCUUUGUGAAGAGCUACGAGCAGCUAUGCGCCGUCCGCGCGUUGUUGGGUAUCUUUGAGGGUGGAACUAUGCCUGGUUUAGCUUUCUUCCUCAGUUCCUUUUAUAAGAGAGAGGAACUUUACUUCCGAGUCGGUAUUUACGUAUCAGCCGCAUCGAUUGCCGGCGCCUUUGGUGGAUUAUUAGCUGCAGGUUUCUCGCAGAUCCCUGAAUGGGGUAUUGCGAGCUCGAGACUACACACAUGGCGCAACAUCUUUUUCUUCGAAGGUCUUAUCACGAUGAUUGUCGCGCUCCUCGCCCCUAUCGUCCUACCACAAAGCCCCGAGACGUCGAAGAGCCUCAACGAACGCGAACGAUGGAUUGCCGCCGAGCGACUACGCCGCGAGAGCAAGGCUCACCCUAACGAGAAAAUCCAACCGCAUCAUAUCAAGCGCGCGUUACUUAACAUCAACAACUACAUCUGCGCCGCCGGCUUCUUCGCCAUCAACAUCACGGUUCAGGGCUUGUCGGUGUUCAUGCCUACCCUCCUUAAGGAGAUGGGUUGGGAGUCGCUUACAGCCCAGUACUACACGGUCCCCGUGUACGUUGCUGCCUCGCUCAUCGCUAUUGGAAUCAGUCUCGUCAGCGACAAGACACGCAUGCGUGGUAUUUACCUUGCGCUAUUCACACUUCUUGGUAUUAUCGGUUUCGCGAUGCUCCGAUGGGGCACUGGCAACGGCCUUCGCUACGCGGCUGUAUACCUCUGCGCCAUCGGCGCUUUCCCAGGUGGCCCCGGUUUCCUAUCGUGGGGUCUCAACAACUCGGCAGGUCCUGCUGUCCGAGCUGUAACAAGUGGUUGGAUUGUGACCCUUGGAACUAUGGGUGGUAUCCUUGCCGUCUGGGCAUACCUACCUACCGAUGGUCCUUCAUUCCCCAUCGGUCACACGAUCAACCUUGUCGCACAGAUCUUUGUGCUGUUCUUGUCUAUCUUCGGUAUUUGGUACUGUGUUCGCGAGAACAGACUACGUGCCCAGGGCAAGCGAGACCAUCGUCUUGAGGGCUUGACUGAGGCAGAGCAGGCGGAUCUCGGGUACAAGCACCCGGAUUUUAGGUAUAUUGCGUGAUUUUACGGACUUAGAGGAUGGGAUAUAUCUAGGGUUAUGCGGGUAUUCUGAUAUUUUGUUGAAUGUUACUGCUAUAUACGAUAU